CUUAUGAUUCUGCUACCAAAACACGUCGGGGAAGCAUGACGAAUUACUCAACAGUGCCAGAACAAGCAGAUGAACAUGAGAGCAGGCCAGCCAGCGCGGCAUCUUCGAGAGGAAGACGGUCAGUUUGACGAUGGCGUACCUUUACGCCCACACAAGAGGUUGCUCACACCUGGGUCUAGGUCCAGAAGAGGAGGGAAGAAGGACGCAGGUCCCAUCGGGCAGGCAACAUGGAUCAGCAGUGUAAUAAACCUGCUCAAUACCAUCUUAGGAGCUGGUCUACUUGCUAUGCCACAUGCGCUCGCACAAAUGGGCAUCUUUCUUGGGAUAUUCGUGGUCGCGUGGGCAGGUCUCACGGCCGGAUUUGGCCUAUAUCUGCAAUCAAGAUGCGCAAGAUAUGUAGAGCGUGGCGCGUCGUCUUUUGCUGCGCUCGCCAAACUAACAUACCCGAAUGCGGCCGUCGUUUUCGACGGCGCCAUCGCACUCAAGUGCUUUGGAGUCGGGGUCAGCUACCUUAUCAUUAUCGGUGAUCUCAUGCCUGGCGUGGUUAAAGGAUUCAGCGAGAAAGCUGCAGAGACUGCAUUCUUAGUGGACCGACAAUUCUGGAUUACUGCAUUCAUGUUAAUCGUCAUUCCACUAGCAUUCUUACGCCGACUAGACUCCCUAAAGUAUACAAGCAUCAUUGCCCUGAUCUCCAUCGCUUAUCUCGUCCUACUUAUUCUAGUGCAUUUUAUCAAAGGCGACACUCUGGAAGACCGGGGUGAAGUCCGCGUCUUCAGAUGGGCAGGCCCAGUGUCUGCGUUGGCCGCGUUCCCAGUCAUUGUUUUUGCUUAUACUUGUCAUCAAAAUAUGUUCUCGAUCUUGAACGAGAUUUUCGAUAAUUCUCAAUCCAGGACUACAGCAGUAGUAGUGGCAAGCAUUGGAUCUGCCUGUAUGCUAUACAUCCUCUGUGGUAUCACAGGGUACCUAUCAUACGGUGACAACGUCAGCGGUAACAUUGUGCAGAUGUAUCCACAUUCUCCAGCCUCUACUUUCGGCCGGGCCGCCAUCGUUGUCCUCGUCAUGUUCUCCUAUCCACUUCAAGUACAUCCAUGUCGCGCUUCCGUUGAUGCAGUCAUCAACUGGCGCCCACAGCGUAACCGCGGCUCUAGCGCUGAUCCAUCUCCCUCUCGCACCGGCCUCCUUACCCCUAAUUCGACGUCCCCUUCACCCCCUCAGAGGACGGCCCUUUUUCAACCCAAGCGCGAAAUGUCCGACAUCCGGUUCGCAAUAAUCACGACCAUCAUCAUUGUAUUAUCAUACGUCGUAGCGAUGACGGUCACCUCGCUUGAGAAAGUGCUCGCAUACGUCGGGAGCACGGGCAGCACAACCAUCAGCUUCAUCCUGCCGGGACUUUUCUACUAUAAAAUCUCAGACCCAGAGUCGCCACAUCAUCAGAAGCUGAUGAAGGAAGACGACGACGAGGCGGGCUACGACGCGGAAGACUUAGAGAGCAGCGGGUUUCUGCAGGCUAUAACAGAUGUGAAGAUGCGACGGCAUUGGAGAAGAACGUUGCUGCGGAAGGCCAGUCUAGGGCUAGCUAUUUAUGGGUUCUUUGUUAUGGUAGUAUGUCUGGGAACGAAUACCUUCCUGGUCGCUGCGCAUUGAUUGGGGUAUUGCUCAUCAAUCUUAAAUAAAUACAUUGUCAACGCCUUAAUUAUCAUGUGCUCUUCCCGUCCCAGCU